AUCAUGGCUAUUCCGUUUGUUGAAGACUGGGAUCUGGUGCAGACCCUCGGGGAAGGAGCAUACGGAGAGGUGCAGCUUGCUGUCAAUCGCAAGACGGAGGAGGCCGUGGCUGUGAAGAUUGUGGACAUGACGCGUGCGGCCGACUGUCCGGAGAACAUCAAAAAGGAGAUCUGCAUCAACAAGAUGCUCAACCACAGCAACAUUGUCAAGUUCUACGGGCACCGCAGGGAGGGCAACAUCCAGUACCUGUUCCUGGAGUACUGCAGAGGGGGCGAGCUCUUCGACCGGAUCGAGCCGGACGUGGGGAUGCCUGAGCAGGAUGCCCACAGCUUCUUCCAGCAGCUCGUCGCUGGCGUGGAGUAUUUGCAUAGCCUUGGGAUAACGCACAGGGACAUUAAGCCAGAGAACCUGCUGCUGGAUGACAGAGAUCGGCUGAAACUCUCAGACUUUGGAUUAGCCACCGUAUUCCGACAUAAUGGGAAGGAGCGACUUCUGAACAAGAUGUGUGGAACUCUUCCGUACGUGGCCCCGGAGCUGAUAAAGACCAGAGGGUUUCACGCGGAGCCGGUGGAUGUUUGGUCCUGUGGGAUCGUGCUGACAGCCAUGCUGGCCGGAGAGUUACCCUGGGAUCAACCGAGUGAAUCGUGCCAGGAAUACUGCGACUGGAGGGAGUCGAAGCAUUAUCUUAAUCCAUGGAAAAAGAUUGAUUCCGCGCCCCUCGCCUUGCUGUGUAAGCUACUGAAGGAAAACCCAGGCUCCAGAAUUACCAUUCCAGACCUCAAAAAAGACUUGUGGUUCACAAAAGCAAUCAAGAAAGGUGUAAAGAGAAGUCGCAAGUCUUCAGGUGGAGCGUCUGAAUCGUCCGGUGGGCUCUUUAAACACAUCCGAUCUGACAUGGAUCUCUCGCAGGUCUCUCACAGGUCAGAGAGUUUUGAUGAGAGGACAGCGUAUUCCAGCACACAGCCAGAGCCUCGCACAGCCAUACCUCUGUGGGACAGUAAUCCCGCGCACAUCGAUAAACUGGUCCAAGGCAAAGGGAUCAGUUUCUCUCAGCCUGCCUGCCCUGACAACAUGCUUGUGAACAGCCAGUUGCUGGGCACCCCCGGCUCUUCUCAGAAUCCAUGGCAGCGAUUGGUCAAGAGGAUGACUCGGUUCUUCACGAGGGUGGAUGCUGAGAACUCGUACAGAAGCCUGAAGGAGACGUGUGAGAAGCUGGGAUACGUGUGCAGGAAAUCCUGUGCCAACCAGGUUACGCUUUCCACUACAGACAGAAGAAACAAUAAGCUGAUAUUCAAAGUCAACCUGGUGGAAAUGGACGAGCGCAUUUUAUUAGACUUCCGUCUUUCUAAGGGAGAUGGUUUGGAGUUUAAAAGGCAUUUCCUGAAAAUUAAGAAGAAACUCGAUGAUAUUGUUGCCAAUCAGAAAGUGUCUCUGGCUACCACCUGAUCUCGGGGCCACUCGCAGCGGAUGCAACGUUCUCGGCCCUUUCACCUCCUGCACAGGUUCCUGUUUAGUGGUUCAGUCACCUUGUCGUUUGCCAUGUUCUUUUAUUAAUGUGCCACUGGUAGAGUUUUCUUUUUGUAGCUUUUAAGCGGUAGGUUUCAGGAGGAAGGAUUGGAGGUUUGUGGGCUGGACGCAGGGAAACCUGCGCAGCUUAGCAGAGUUGGCAGAGGGGUUGAUGU